AUGUCAUCCCUUGCUUUUAGAUCUUUAAGAAAUGGAUUAGGAUUAAAGAGUUCUGUUAGAACUUUAUCCACCACUACUUCUGCAUUGGCUAAGUAUGAUCAGCCAGAUUACAGCAGUUACUUAAACAAUAGAUCUCAAGAAAAGAACCGUAACUUCACUUACUUCAUGGUUGGUUCUAUGGGAUUAUUGGGUACUGUUGGUGCCAAAUCCACCGUUGAAUCGUUUUUAUCUUCUUUAUCUGCAUCUGCUGAUGUUUUAGCUAUGGCUAAGGUUGAAGUUAAGUUGGGUGCUAUUCCAGAAGGUAAGAACGUCAUUGUUAAGUGGCAAGGUAAGCCAGUUUUCAUCAGACACAGAACACAAGAUGAAAUCGACGAGGCUAACCAAGUCCAAGUUUCUAACUUGAGAGACCCACAAACUGAUGCUGACCGUGUCAAGAAGCCAGAAUGGUUAGUUAUGUUGGGUAUCUGUACGCACUUGGGUUGUGUUCCAAUCGGUGAAGCCGGUGAUUUUGGUGGUUGGUUCUGUCCUUGUCAUGGUUCUCACUACGAUAUCUCUGGUAGAAUUAGAAGAGGUCCAGCUCCAUUGAACUUGGAAAUUCCAGCUUACGAUUUCACUGAUGACGAAACCUUGAUGGUUGGUUAA